UCAGAGCACCGUGCGGGCUCCACUCUAGUCCCUGCCUCGCGCUAACUAUGCGCGUAGUGUCGCGCUGAUCCUCCGAGUCGCUCGCGCCGCAUUCCGUGAGAGAGACUCCGGACAGUGGGGAGAUACACCAGUGAGUGCGCGCGCGUCUCGAUCAUCCUUAAAUUUUCACUUCGUCCGGUCCGGUCGUGUGCGCGUGCAGGGAUGCUUUCUGCGUGAGGGAUAUUUACGUGCUGCUUUUUUUUUAAUUCAAGGGGUCACUUUGGAGCAAAGAAGCAGAGGGGGGAAAAAAGAAAAAAGGGCACGAGAAACAAGGAGACAAGAAACCGUUUAAAAAUUCGCAUCUCGUGACAUUAUUAUUAUUUUUUUUUUCUGGAACAUCUGUAGUCAACAAGAGCAAAGGAAGAGCGCGUGCUGUGCGCUUUAUGCGUCUCUCUCUCUCUAGAAGAAGAAAAAACAAACAAACAAACAAACAAACACAAGGACAACCUGCUGAAUUGCAUCACGGUGCUCGAGGAGCGACACACGGGUCUAAACUCGUAAACAUGAGCCGCGCGAUCUCAAUCUUCACUGCUGUGCUGCUGGCGCUGCUGCCUGAAGGACCCAGCAGUGUCCAGGCGGUGGAGUUUGGUUAUUUCCCUGACAACAUUACAGUGCUGGAAGGGCAGAGCGUCAUUUUGAGGUGUAAGAUCGACGAGGAGGUGACCCACAAGGCCUGGCUGAACCGCUCUAACAUCCUAUUCACGGGGAAUGAGAAGUGGUCUCUGGACACGCGAGUGUCGAUGGCUAACAACAACGAAAGCGAUUUCUCCAUCCAGAUUGAGCGGGUGGCGGUGGCCGACGAGGGUCCGUACACGUGCAGCUUUCAGGCGCGAACCAAGCCACGCACUGCACACGUCUACCUCAUCGUCCAAGUGCCAGCAAGGAUAGUCAACACUUCUCAGGAUAAAUCGGUCAACGAGGGCGACGACGUGAACCUCUUCUGUCUGGCGAUCGGCCGACCCGAGCCAACCAUCACCUGGAAGGACUUGAAAUCUGGACGCACGUACGAGGGAGAGUUUCUGGACAUCACGGAGAUCAAACGACAUCAAGCCGAAGAGUUUGAGUGCAUCACAAACAACGGUGUGGCUCCACCGGAUACACGCCGCGUUAAAGUCACAGUGAAUUAUCCACCCAUGAUCACGGACGUAAAGAAUAUGCCGGCUCAAGUCGGGAAGACGGCCAUCUUGCGCUGCGAGGCGAUGGCUGUCCCCACCGCAUCCUUCGAGUGGUACAGGGAUGACCGGAGACUGAUGGAGAGCGACAACACGCUGAGGAUUAAAAACGAGAAGACGCGUUCCCUGCUGCUUUUUACCAACGUCACCGAAAAACACUUUGGCAACUACACCUGCUUCGCCUCCAACCGCUUAGGGGCCUCCAACGCCAGCAUGCUUCUGUUCCGGCCGGGGGCAGUGUACGGUGGAAACGCAUCGCUAAACACCCGUAUAUCAGGACUCGUCUUCUGGCUCAGCCUCACCAUGUCCGUCCUGCUGAAGGUCUAAUACGCCGCCACCUCGGAAAGGAGUCUUUAAAUGACGAACCCAUCACUGUGAAUAAAAAAGAAUUAUGCAUUAACCCAGGAGCCAUCUCUUGCAUCCUAGUGAUAUAAUCAUCACCUUCCCCUCCUUCCCCUUCCCGUGCCUGCCUUUCCUUACUCAUCUCAUUCCCACCCUUCUUUGGCGACCACUGGCCACUGCCUCUCCCACUUCUCAAGCGAAGGUCACCUUUUCGAUGUUCAUAGCUGUUGUGGUGAUGAUUGUUAAAAAAAUAAAUAAUAAUAAUAAUAAUAAUAAUA